AUGUCAGCCCCACCCUUCAAGGUCAAGGCUAUCUUCGAGUACACCUCAGAACACGAGGAUGACCUGAAUUUUCCUGAGGGUCAAAUUCUAACCGUUAUCGAGGCGGAGGAGGCCGAUUGGUAUUUUGGCGUAUAUACGGAUGCUAGCGGGGAUAAAAAGGAGGGCCUCUUCCCAAGGAACUUUGUUGAGAAGUACGAGCCAGAACCUCCUCCUCGACCUACGAGAAGCAGACCAAAAAGCCACAUUGAACCUGCUCCUUCUGCCGUGGCUGCUGCAACUUCUACUCCUGGUUCAGCAGAGCCACCUAAACAAGAAGCUGAAGAGGUACACCCUAGCUCGGCUACCAAGGUUGAGGGCGCAGCUGAGAAGAGUUCGAAACAGUCAAUCGAUGCAGUAUCAAAAUCGACAGGAAUAGGGGCACUUCCUCCGGUCAGCUCUCCUCCACAGGCUUCCGGACAGGUGCCAGCGCCUGCUUCUAGCCUUGAGACGUCCAACGAACCUGAGGCGCAACUAGCGCCCAAAGGUUCUCAAGCUGCUCCCAAGUCAGAGCCAGUGGCAUCGACUAAGCCACCUCCCCCUGCAGUUGCUGAGAAGCCAGCGGGUAGCUCAUUCAAGGAUCGAAUUGCAGCCUUUAACAAACCUGCAGCGCCGCCAAUCGCACCUUUCAAGCCGGGAGGAACGGGCUCUUCGGGGGCAAGCUUCAUCAAGAAGCCCUUCGUCGCUCCACCGCCGAGCAAAGAUUCUUUCGUUCCUCCACCACGUGAGCCUCCGCCGCAGAAGACCUAUCGACGGGAGGAGGAUCCAGAAGCUGUCGCAAAACACGAGGAAGCCUCAGUUCCUAAACCGGCCCCUGUUUCCGACUUAAGAUCUAGUGAUGCGCCUCAAGAACAGCAAGAGGACCAGCCAAAGCCUACGACGCUCAAAGAACGCAUUGCUCUCCUCCAGAAGCAGCAGCUAGAGGCACAGACUCGCCAUGCUGAGGCUGCGCAGAAGAAGGAAAAAGCGAAACGACCGCCUCCCAAAAAGAGAGAGGAGUCCUACGAGGAGCCGGGUGUUGUCUCUGGUGGUGAAGCUCCAGAGCCCGAAUCCUUACCUAGUCCUGGUACAACCCGCAAGCCAUCUAUGGACAUUGGCGCGGAGGAAGUGCCCAGUCCAGCUGCUAGAAGAAAAUCUUGGAGAUCCUCCCAGCAUCUGGCCAGUCCAGACGUUCAACCAAAAGAGUUCUUCAGUGAUGCGAACGAUGCCGAUCAGUCUGCUGCAGGAGAGACCACUGAAGAUGCCGGAGAGACAUCGACCGGACGAGACACCAGCGAUGAAAAGCCCCAUGCCAGGCCUCACGUACCACCUGUCCGUGCUCCUGAGGCACCGGCCCAUGAGACCGACGUCGGCGACGAAGAAGAUAAUGCUGAUGAGGAGGAAGAAGGGGAAGAGGAAGAAGAGGAGGAUAUUGAUCCGGAGAUCAAACGUCGGAUGGAGAUUCGCGAGCGCAUGGCAAAGAUGAGCGGGGGCAUGGGCAUGCACGGCAUGUUCGGUAUGCCUAUGGGAAUGCCUCCAGUUCCGAGCGCUGGAGGAGCAACCAAGAAACCAAAGCCCCCCGCCGAGAGAAGAAAGAGUGAACAUGAGCCAUCUUCUCCUGCUCUGCACGCUCCGCCCGUGCCAAUCAUGCCUAUUCCUGGAAUGCAACGGCCAAAAAGUCCCGAGCCAAAGCCUGAGCAACCUGAAGUGGAGAAGGAAGAGGAGCCGGAGCCAAGUCUUGCCGCACAGCGGGCGCCAGAAGAGGUGGCUGAUAUUGAGGAUGUCGAGAAGAAGGCCGAGACGGAAGACGAGACCCCUCCACCUGUGCCUCCUCACACAACCGGAAGAGCCGCUCCACCCCUUCCGCCUGUUCCUCAUGAAGAUCAUUCUGUUCCGGUUCCUCCGCAUUCAGCUCGUCGGCCAUCACUUCCCCCUCCGAUCCCGAGUGGUAGACCUGCCCCUCCACCACCGCCCAUUGAGUCUCGGCCAGCACAACCUCCCCCUCCCCCUCCGACUGGCCCUCCUCUAUCGCCCAGCGCUGGUUCGGAAUCCGACGACGAAUUGUCGAUGCACGCUCGAAGACUGUCUUUGAAGACAUCAGGUGUACCUCCACCUCCGACUCGUGCAGCUGAUGCUGCUCUGUCUUCUGGAGCUGCAACCGAUCAACCGAAAUCAUUCCCUUCUGGACCAAUAUCACCAACCACUCCACCCGCCGAAAGUCGAAGAGCAAGCCGUGUUCCUCCUCCAAUUCCCAUAGCCAGCCCAAUGUUGCCUGCUGCGCCGGCCCAAAGCCGUCCGCCACCGCCACCUCCGCCGACUGGUGCGCCGCCGAGCCGACAGCCUACGGGGAAUCUAACAACGACAACGAGCUCUGUUAUCCAGGACCGACAAGGAGCUGAAAGUGAAGAAGAAGAAUCAGAGUACGAUGGUGAUUACGACACGGAUAUUGCGCCAACUGCUCCUCACAAAGACGCACUGAAGUCUAAGGAUCGCGAACACAGCGUCGAUCGACAUGCCUCUGUGGACUCGGCAGCGAUUCCAUCCCAGCCACCGCCUCCGAUCCCACCUACCGCCGCUCCUCCUCGUGCUGUUCCGCCGCCGCCUCCAGUCCAGCCACCAAAACCAGCUCGCCAAUCGGUGGACAUGCCGCGCGCCCCUCCACCGCAUAUUCCUCUAUCACCACCGCAGACUGGUACCGGCGGGGAGGAGGACGAGGAGUAUGAUCCUUUCCGAUACAACGCGCCAACCCACGGAGUUCCUUCAGUACCAAGCAGAGCGGUGCCUGAGCCCUCAUCACACCCGCCACCCGCACCUCCGGCCGCCGAGGAGGAAGAAGAGGAAGAAGAUCUGUACUCUGCACCGCCUCAACCGCCAUCAUCGUCACGGCGUUCCAUGCAGAUCCAGUCACCUGUAUCUCCGCCCCCAGCGCCUCUUCACCACCCUCAGCACCCUCACUCUCCGGCUGCACCAUCUACAUUCCCCCCUCCUCGGCAAUCCUUGGAUGUACAACGCGGCGGAAGUGUUGGAGGCGGCCGUAUGUCCAUGGACAUGUCUCGACCAUCGGCUGACCAUGAAUACAUUGCCUCUGACAUCGACCUUGGCCAGAGCAGCCAAUGGUGGGCACGACCGAACAUGCCACCUCCCGUAUUUCAGAACCGACGGGACUUGACCUAUGAGAUUGAAGAAGCCAGUACGCCUAAACGCGGCGGCAAAACCGUAGUGUCCAAAGACGUGUACGUGCUCUUCAUCGACUACUCGCAGACCAUUAUCACAGCUCGCUUCGAUACCACCAAUCCCUCCGAUGUCGUCCUUGAACAGCGUCAUGAACCACCCCCGUCCAAGCUCCGGCAGGAUCAGCUGGAGGACGCCCAUAUCAAUAUCGGGCAGCGCAUUUCCGACGCUGUGUCCAGCAAGCAAAACACCAUCGUUGGAGAUGGGACUCCACAAGCACUCAUCCUCGACCUUUUCAACGUUCUCGGCGACGCUGUCUUGCCCCCCGUUGGCACACGUGCGUACGGAGCAGUCGUCUAUGCCAACCUCGCCAACGCCUCCGUACAGCAGUUUGACGAAAUUCGCCCAGGCGAUAUUGUGACUUUCCGUAAUGCUCGGUUCCAAGGCCACAAAGGCACCAUGCAUCAAAAGUACAAUGCCGAAGUCGGCAAGCCUGAGCACGUUGGCGUCGUCGUCGACUGGGAUGGAACCAAGAAGAAGGUCCGCGCCUGGGAACAAGGCCGCGAAAACAAGAAAGUCAAAAUGGAAAGCUUUAGAGUAGCAGACUUGCGCAGUGGAGAGGUCAAGGUCUGGAGAGUCAUGCCUAGAUCUUGGGUCGGAUGGGGUCGUUGA